UUUAGAACGAUGGUUUUGUAAUAGACAAAUCAACUCUGAAAGGCACUCUCUUUUUUUAUGUGUGAUAUGUGUUGUUACGUCCUGAUCGUUUGUUCGCCGCUCUUGAUUUAGAUUUUUUUUUUUGGCUACACUGUGGGCUGUUUUUAAAGUUUUCCUUACUUUUUUUUUAAAACACCAACGGCUUGACCAGCGCAGAGAUGACAACAGACAUGUCCAUUACCAUUAAUUAUACAUGGCCAGUUGAUGAGGAGGCCUACAGCGGGAAGGAACUAGAAGAAAACCGCUCUGCAUACCUCCAGCAUGCAGACAUGUCUCACCGCUCAGUCAAAAUUGGCAUUAUAUCGGUGUUGGGCACCCUAAUUAUUUUAGGUAACAUGGCCGUGAUCAUGGUGAUCGCAUCAUCUGUGGCUGGCUGGUCCAAAAAUACACGAUAUUUCUUGAUCUCCCUGACCGGAGCAGACGCUGCCUUAGCUCUCAUCGUCGUCCCCCUAAACCUUUACGGGAGUUUGGUGAAGGACUACAGCGAGGAACCCGAUUCCUACUGUCACAUCGUUGCAUUUUUCAACUCGUCCAUAUUUGCUUCUUGUAUGUAUGCACUGGCCACCAUUAGCCUGGAGAGAUACGUUGCCGUGUUUUACCCCUUGCACUAUACCUCCUUGAUGACCAAGAACAGAAUUCGCAGCCUGAUCGCCGCCGCCUGGUUCUUUCCCCCCGUGCUCCUGUUUCCAAUUUCAAUCCCCGGGGGAUUUGUCCGGGUGUAUUUUUCCAGCGCGUCUUUAGUAUGCAACCCGGACUAUUCGAGCAACGUUGCCUAUUCGCUGACUCUUACCGGCCUUAUCUUUUUCCCCUGUUCUAUCAUUAUGACUAUGGCCAACCUUCGUCUCUGGUUUGCAGCAAGGAGGCAGAGGAAUAUGUUUAAAAACCACGAGUUCCGAAUUAGGGCAGGACCAGACUCUGCCUCACGAGUCCUAGUGCCCGUCAUGAUCGUGUAUUACACUUGCUGGGCACCCUGCAUGGUCACCAUUAUUUACACAGCAAUUUCCCAAAAGGCUGUUCCUGAGUGGAUAGAGUUUUUUGCAGUUUGGCUGCCCAGUGCUAAUGGUUUCCUUAACUGCAUUGUCUACUUUUGGCUCAACCGCAGUUUUCGUAAGAAGUUCAUGCUUCUAGGCCAUCGGCUAUGUGUUGUGCUUUGCCAUAGGCCAGAGAAGAUAGUGAGAUUUCGAGGACCCGGUACGGUCAGCGUGGUGAGCUACACAUGGGAGAAUAACAAUACACUCCAAGAGCGUGCCUGCAGUGUCUCCUCCAGCUGCACGCUACUAUCACGUCAUGAAACAGAAAGCCAUUUGUGAUGUGCUUGGAAUGAGUCUUCCUGGGCAUAUUUAUGUAACAGUGGCGACUGCUUUAUUGAUCUGUUAAAAACUGGCUGGCUGGUUUUACAACUCUGCGCUAUUCAUUACAUAGCUGUGUUGUCUGUACUUAUUUCUCUUCUGGUAUGGGGUUGAAAGAUUUAUAUAUUGGUGAGACUGAGAAAUGUAUUGCACAGUAUAGUCUGCUGGCAUCCAGUAGCCUUUGCUGUCUUUUUACAUUAUUAUACUAGCCCUAAAUACAGAGGAGGAGUGGUAUAUAAAUUGUAAACCACAUUUGAGAGAAAAGCUCAUUUUUUGCAUUUGUGGAAAGAUACUUGUUUAUGUUUUAUAGUUAUUUGUAUUUUUUGCAAUAUCAAGCUUUGGCAAACGUAGUGAAGGUGACUUUCCAACAUGGGUCUAGUGGGGGAUCACAGAGCUUUGCAUUGGGGAAAAAAAAAAAACAGUCUUUUUGGAUUUAGACAAAGAAUCCAUUCAAAUGAGGAUGACUCGAAAUGAAGUAUCGGCCUGUCCUGUUUUUUUUUUUUUUUGUAUCUUUGUAAAUAUAUCAUCAAUUCUGUCUAGUUUUUACAUUUGAAAGCCCCUUUUGUUUUUGUUCUUUAUCUUUGAAUACAGAUGUGUGUUAAACUUGUCUUUUGUGAUGUUCAGUACAAGUGUAUAUUAAUUACUACAAACUGUUCACAAAAUUUUGUGCAGUGGAUAGCUCUACAACAAUAACUUAAAUCCAUUUUUACUCUUCCACUAUUUUUUUUUAAAUGUAUAAAUUCACCAAACAUAUUAUUUAAUCUGCUUUUUAUUUUCACUGGUCAAUUCAUAAAAUGAAGUGCCACUGUACCACUAGUACUAAAUUUCACUUUCUUUCUCUGUGUUAUUUUAUCAGCACUGUAAACUAAGGAUCUUUAGCAGUUCUGCUGCAUGUGGUACUUAUGUAAAAAUGUGCUUGCUUUUUCAUUCUCCAAACAUAUAAGACAAAUAUCUGCUUCAUGAGUUGUAUGCCAGGUCCUUUAACACUAAGCUGUACUGGGCACAAGUGCAUUCUCUGGCAUCGUGUAGCACAGAAGUCUUUGUUUUUCCAUUUAUAUGCUGCAGACACAUACAGGCAUCAGGCAGACCAGAAGUAGUUGAAAAUGUGUUCAAGACAUUUUUAUUCACUGUUAUUUUCAGUUAAGAAUCUUGCUAAUGUUUGUCAGGGCAUUUUCCUUUUUACAUGGCAAUGGCUUUAUUAUUGCUGUCUUAUUAAAUGGUUUAUGGUGUGCAUUUAUUUCAGCAGUUGCCAUAUUUUCUACAAUUUAUUCCAUAAUCUUCCCAGGGCAAUUUUCAUAUACAGUAUUUAAACACCAUAAAUACUAUUCAGCUUAUCUCAGUAGCACAUAUUUCCUAGUGGUCAAUGGCUAGUAGUUUGUUUUUAGAAUAUACUGAUGAUUUAACGUGGCUUGAUAUACUUCAAGAGGAAUUGAGAUGACUGAAGACAAUCUGCCAUUAACUGCUGGAAAAUAAAGGACUUAACUUCAAUAUAUUUUAGAUCAUUCUUAACUGGUUAUUGCUUUUUAACAUUGCACUUCUUUGGUAUGGCAAUGAUUGCACCUGAAUUAUCAAUGUGUAGUUAUGCGUGUCUCAUUGUUGGAUCAGUAAGAAAACUAAAUUACUUCUCAUCUUCUUAAAAAUUAUAUGGGUAUAGGGUUGUUAAGAUAGGUGACCUUAGUUACUCAAAUCAUGUAUAGUUUCUUAUAUUAGAGUGAGUAAUUUUGUUCGUCUUUGUAUAUAGUAUGACAUUUUAUAAAUCAUUUUUGUAAAUAUUACCAGAUGAAACAGUGAUAAAUGUUAGUUUGAUUUGUGUAAAGAGGUUCAUAAAAGAAGUUGAACUGAUGUGGAAAUAAAGCUUGUAGCCUUCCUAGUU